AAAAGUAAAACGGCCAAAGCGAUAGAAUCAACAUCAUCAUGGAUUGGAUGCAUUCAAGCAGUUUAAAUAGAAAGAGACACCGAAAACGGUCACCUUUCGGAUGUGGAAAAUCCACAUCGGAACCAAAUCUUAUCACAAGCCAUUUCACGCCAAGAUUUCCGGAUAAUUUAUCGCAUCUCAUUCAUGAAUAUGUAUCGGUUGAUGAGUUGAAAUUUUAUCGCAAACGAAGACCACCAAAUAUUGACGAUGAAUUUCACAGUAAAGACAGUAUAUGUCUCUAUGAUAAAAGUCAGCCAAUAAUUCCAUUUUCCGCCAUAAAAUCGGAAUAUACCAAAAAAUUCGGAAAAAUUUACAGCCCAAGAAGCAGAUCGGUUCCAAAUAAAUUCGACCUGAAUGCCACAACCAAAGAGCUAUUAGAUGCACUUCGUGACGAUUCCAGUGAUUUUACACCCGUCGACCGUCGUCGAAGAGCCAAAACAGCCAAGAUAUCUGGUGAAAUUGAAAUUGAAGGUGUCAACGGAUUUCUUGAGAAUGAAUCAACAGAAGUGAGUGCAAAGAUAGAUAAAGAAUCAAGUGCAAUUGAACGUCAACAAGACACGCGACGCACAUUCAAAGUUCAAGGUGAACUGUCUUAUUCGUCUAGCGAUAACAAGGGUGAAUUCAAAGGACAAGCGAUGGAACGUUCAGAAUCAAAUCCACAAUUGAGUAAUAUUAAAAUUUUGGGACGAUUUCAUGGUACACCUGAAUAUCAUGACAGCUUUAAGGCCUAUAAUCAUUUCACCAAAAGUGCACCGAUCAAAGCAAAUGAUCAUUUACGUGUGAGUCCAACCGUUUUGAAUACAGCAAUUGUUACGCCAAAUAUAUCAUCGUUGUCCGAAUAUACGGAUCAAUUCAAAGAGCUAAAACUUCAUAGCGUCGCUCGAACAAAACAUUCAAAAUCAACGGGCAGCGUCACCGCACGUAAUAAUCUAAUGAUUGGACAUUCUGAUCAACAUGUGUUCCCCGAGUAUUUUGAAAACUAUCAAAAUCCACAAAUUAAAAAACUGCCCGAACGGCCAAAGCCACGUUCGCCCAUUCUUCAAAUGAAUGGUAGCAUGGACUAUAAUCCCGAAUAUCGCGUUAAAUUCACCGAAUUUCCACGUCAACGGCCGAUCAUACGAAAACCGGAAUCGUAUUUUGAUUUUUUUGACCGGCCACGUAAAUCGUCACCCAUCCAACAAGCAAUUAUUACGCCAAAAUUUAAUCCAAAUCCCCAUAUGGCCAUUGUUGAACCAUCACAAAAUAUACAUCAACCGCCAACAAUUGAUAAAAAUCCAUUUUAUUUAUGUCAACCGGAAGUUCGAAAAGCACGACGAGAAAUUUUGAUUAAAAAACGACCAACAUCACCGAGACAAACAAUUUCAGCGGCGGUCAGAAGUACAGGUCGCAUUUUAACCACAAAUGAAGAUGACGAAAAUCGAAGCUACAACGAACGCAGUCGCAUUGUUAAAUCGCCGAUUAAACCGCCAAUACAAGUUACCAUAGAAAAUGUUGAUGAACCAAGAGAAAAACCAACUAUUAUUAACAUGGACAAUAGAAUUACAUCGAAAUAUGGUAGACGAUCAUCGAUGCAUGUUACCGAUGUCAACGGAAAUUUACAGACAAAACGUAAUGCUAGCAAAAUAAUUGAAGGCAACCAUGAAUAUGCACCGAAAAAGAAAACUUCAAUAACAUCUACAACGACCACUGAUGACGAAUAUGUUAACCGUGGCCGAAAGAUGAUGCACAGCCAAAGUUUGGAGCAACCAUCAUUUGUAAUUCUUAAUGAUCCUAUUAAACACAACAAAUGGAUGAAAUCUUCCUGGUAUCUGUAA